AUGGGUUAUAGCUUGGUGCUUUUGUCCAUUUGCACUAUUUAUCUUAAUGCCAUUCUUCUUCUUCUUCUCUGGUGCAGCAGCAGUUGCAUGAGCUUGGCGCAUCCACAAUCAAGAGGUUCAAAUGAAACAGAUCGGCUAGCCCUGUUGGCCAUCAGGGCUCGCAUAACCAAUGAUCCCUUUCAUGUUGUGAGCUCUUGGAAUGACUCUGUCCCCUAUUGCGAGUGGCCAGGCGUUAUAUGUGGCGGUCGCCGGCAUCCAAACAGAGUCAGAGACUUGCGUUUAUUGUCCAGUGGGUUGGUGGGGACCGUGGCUCCAGAAAUAGGAAACCUCAGUUUCCUUCGACAGAUUUUGAUUCAAAACAACAGCUUUCAUGGUGAAAUCCCUCGUGAAGUAAGCUUUCUGUUCAGGAUUCGUUAUUUAUUCCUACACAACAAUUCAUUUGAAGGGGAGAUCCCACCCAACAUAUCACGUUGCUCCAACCUUGUAGACCUCCGUUUAGGUUACAACAAUAUUGUGGGGAAAAUUCCAGUAGAACUUGGCACCUUGUCGAACCUUCAACUCUUUGCAUUCCAUGACAACAGAUUGACGGGACAAAUCCCACCUUCCAUUGGAAAUCUUUCAUCCCUUUACGCCAUUUCUGCAGCAGAAAAUGGUUUUAGUGGAAGUAUUCCAAACACCCUUGGCCAAAUGACAAGAUUAACAGAUCUUGGGCUUGGCGGAAAUAAGUUUUCUGGUAUUAUCCCUCCCACUAUAUAUAAUCUUUCCUCACUUGCCGAUUUUGAUGUUGGAGAUAAUCAACUUCAAGGGAGUCUUCCAACAAAUUUAGGCGUCACUCUUCCUAAUCUAUGGUUCCUUUCAGUUGCAGAAAACCUAUUUCAUGGACCAAUUCCAAUUUCUGUAUCCAAUUUGUCAAAACUCGAACUACUUUUCGCUGGAGGAAGUAGUUUUACAGGGAAAGUGGCUAUUCAUUUUGGAGGAUUAUCAAAACUCUAUAUGCUUUCAUUGGCGUCAAAUCAUUUGGGAAGUGGAGGAGCUGAUGACCUGAAUUUUAUCAACACAUUGACCAACUGUAGUAUUUUAACAUUUUUGGAGCUUAAUGUUAAUCGAUUUGGUGGUGUCCUCCCAAACUCCAUAGCAAACUUAUCAACCCAACUGAUAGAGCUCUCACUGUCAAAAAAUCAAAUAUCUGGUGACAUCCCAGUGGGGAUAGGGAACCUUGUAAGUUUACAACUCUUGGGCUUAUCUGGUAACUUACUUGAAGGAAGUAUUCCGACUUCAUUUGGGAGACUUCAAAUGCUAAAUGGACUCUAUCUAUGUCGGAACAGAUUCAGAGGGCCAAUCCCUUCUUCUCUUGGAAACUUGACACUCUUGAUUGAUCUCUAUUUAGGUGAUAAUCGAUUGCAAGGAAAAAUACCUUCAAGUCUUGAAAAAUGCAAAUCUUUGUUACGCUUGGGCCUUUCGGAUAAUAGUUUCAAUGGUAUGAUCCCCACAGAGAUAUUUAAUCUUUCCAUGUUAAUAGAGCUAAACUUGAGUAGAAAUACUUUCUUUGGUUUUCUACCUUUGGAAGUGGGUCGACUUACCAAUCUUGGAAUCCUAGGUCUUUCUGAGAACAAGUUAUCAGGUGAAAUCCCUAGCACCCUUGGUGCUUGUACAAGCCUAGAGCACCUUUUUAUGGAGGGUAACUUAUUUCAAGGAUCUAUACCAUCGUCUUUGAGUUCCCUAAGAGGUCUUCAAGAUUUAGAUCUUUCGCACAACAACUUUUCUGGUUUUAUCCCAAAAUAUUUUGCUGCAUUUAAGUUUUUACAAAAGUUAAAUUUAUCAUUCAAUCAUUUGGAGGGUGAGGUAUUAGCAGAUGGAGUCUUUCAAAAUUUGACUGUAUUUUCAGUUAUUGGAAACAAUAAGCUUUGUGGAGGUAUACCAGAACUUCAUUUGCCAGCAUGCCAAAGUCAAAAGUCAAAAAAAGAUGGCAAGCCACUUGUUUUCAAGCUGAUAGUUAUCAUAUGCAGUUGUGUAGGCUCUCUGUGUUUGAUUUCUAUGAUAUUCUUUGUCAUUUUCUAUCGGAGAAGAAAAGAAAAGAAAGAAUCCACUUCAUUUUUGAUAGAAGGUCAUCAUUUUAGGAUCUCUUAUGCCCAACUGCUUAAAGCUACUGAUGAAUUUUCUUCUGCAAAUUUGAUUGGAGUGGGAAGUUGUGGUUCUGUAUACAAAGGAGUUCUCAAUGAUGGGAAAACUAUUGUUGCAGUAAAGGUCCUCCACAUUAGACAAAGAGAUGCUUUCAAGAGUUUCAUGGUUGAAUGUGAAUCCCUUAGAAAUAUUCGGCAUCGUAAUCUUGUAAGAAUCUUAACAUCUUGCUCAAGUAUAGAUUUUGAAGGCAAUGAUUUUAAGGCUUUAGUAUAUGAGUUCAUGCCCGGUGGGAAUUUGGAGAGUUGGUUACAUCCACAUGUAAACGGCAUACAAUAUGAACAAAGGCAUUUAAACCUUGUUCAAAGAUUGAAUAUCGCCAUUGAUAUGGCAACUGCAUUGGAUUAUCUACACCACCAUUGUCAUAUGCAAAUUAUUCAUUGUGAUCUAAAGCCAAGCAAUAUUCUUCUCGAUUGUGAUUUGACUGCACAUUUGGGUGAUUUUGGGAUAUCAAAAAUUCUUUCAAAAGCCACAAGUAGAUCUCAAAAUCACACGAGCUCAAUCGGAAUAAAGGGAUCUAUCGGAUACAUUGCACCAGAGUAUGGUGCAGGUGCUGAUGUUUCAACACAUGGUGAUGUCUAUAGUUAUGGGAUUCUCUUGUUAGAGAUGUUCACAGGGAAGCGGUCUACUCAUGUAAUGUUCAAAGAUAGCUUUAAUCUUCACUGUUGGGCCGAGAUGGCUUUGCACAAUAGAGUAAUGGAUGUCGUUGACCCAUCACUUCUCUCCAAGGAAAAAGAUGAAGAAGAAGUAGCAACAUCUAUAACCAACAUCACUGGAAGUCAAAGAUGCAUGAAGGAUAGAGUGCGAGAGUGCCUUAACUCAGUUAUUAGAGUUGGAGUUGCCUGCUCAACUGAAUCCCCAUGGGAUCGAAUGGUCAUAAAUGAUGUGGUCAAAGAGCUACGUUUGAUCAAGAACAUUUAUCUUGGAGUUGGCACUCACUGAGGAAGAUGAACUAUAAUAAGUGUUAUGAAUAAUGGUAAGUCAUCAUUUUC